AUGGGAGAACUUGUGUCUAAUUUUCUUUCAUCAACAUGGGGAAGAGAGGAUGCAGAUUCUUCAUGUUCAUCAGUAUCCACAGACAGAAAGAUUAGACUAUUCGGGUUUGAGCUUGAUCCUCUUAAAAAUGGCUCGAUGCUAAGCAAAGAAGGAUCAUUGUCCACCACAAUCUCUUGUGAGAAAGAGAAGUUCCCCAUGGCGAAUUCCAAAGAGACAAGGAAAUUCGAGUGCCAGUAUUGUUUCAAAGGGUUCGUAACCUCGCAAGCAUUGGGUGGUCAUCAGAACGCACAUAAAAGAGAAAGAAUGAAGAAGAAAAGGUUAUUGUUACAAGCUACAAAGGCCAACAUAAGUAGUUACCUCCAACCCUACGACCAAAUAAUCGAUAAUCAUGGGAUUAACAUCAAUUUCCAUGGCUAUAAUGCUCGUGCAUUUAACGAACCAAACAUUAGUUUUGGUUUGUAUGAAGAUGAUUUAUUAUCGUUUACGGAUACAAACAGCUUUGGAUACAUGCAUGCACGUAGGUCAAGAAGGAUGCUUUCUUCUUUACCAAACGAUUCAAAGCAAUCUUGUAAAAGUUUGGACCUUCAGUUGGCUUUAAGCUCGUAUGCCAGUGCCACCUUGUAA